AUUUUAGCAUGGCAGACUGAGGUACACGUCGCUCUUGCAAUCGUGUCGAACGCAAAACGAUACGAAAAGAAUUCGACGUAAAUUUCUUGUCCCGUAGUUGCAGCAGCGCGCGUAAUUCAAAGUUAUCAAAACAAACCACAAAUAAUAUUCCUCCAAAUAACAUUGCAAUCUAAAAAGUGUGUGCAUACAAUUAAUACAAAAGUAGUUCGAUUGGCAAUACUAAAAAAUAUAUAAAUAAAUAUAUAUUUUUCAAUUAAAAAGUGAAUCACAGAGAAAACAAUAAGAAGUUCUACGUACUAAUAGUGCCACCAAAAUGUCAUCUGUUCCUUGUGAUGUGGUGGACCAUGCGGCUGGCUCCAUGCAUCUACUGCUGGUUGCCCUGUAAAACUCCGCUGAAGAUACAUGUAUAUCUAGUGACUUAAAUCUAACAUAAUAUAAUACAAAUAAACUGGUAACAGUGACGAUAAUACAACGAAAAGCCAGGUGCUAGCUUUUGCAACUAUAUUUUAGUUAUUUUCCUGCUACAGCCAUUGGCUAUUUGGAAAAAUUGGAUAAACACAGUUAUCCUACAUCUAUUGAAACGGCUCGGCCGAAAAUGUGCACAGAGGUUAAUUCAGCAAUGGGUCUUCAAGCAACAGCCGCUACCAAGCGGAAGCAUGAGCUGACCUUUGACAGCAAGGAUGCGAAUACCACGUACACGGGCUGUGCGCCUCCCCCGGUGAAGGCCAACAAAUGGGCCAUCAACAACAACAACUACCUGGAAUCGCUCGAGGAGCAGCAACCGCUUCAGCAACAACAGCAGCAACAGCAGCAAAAGACGCCCACGGAACAGCUAACGGAAUCCAACAACAAUAAUGUGGAGCCCGCAAAGCCAGCGCAUAGUAUUAUUAGCAACGGUGACGAAGUUACUAACAACAACGGCAGCAGCAGCAACAACAAUAACAACACCACCAGCACUACCACCACCACCACCACCAACGGCAGCAGCAGCAAUGUCAAGAGUCCCGCGGAGGUGCCGCUGCCACCAACAGCGAGCGCUGCGAUACCCGAGGACAACAUCGCCAAGCUGGAGGUGGUGGCCGCAGUGCCCUGCGAGCCCUGGUCAACGGCGGCGUCGCCUGUGGCGGCGGUCAACAGCGAGCCCGUCGACUGCAUAUCCAAGCUGCAGGCGGUAGCCGUGCCGAGCGAUCCCUGGGGCAGCAUUGCCACGCGCUCGACGCUCGCCACCACGCUGCUGAGCGCGGACGAGCUGGACGACGAUGAUGAUGAUUUUGAAGACGAUUACGAGGAGGAGGAGAGUAUCAUACCCACCUACUGUCCCAUUCGCUAUCAUCCUUUUGCCCAGCAACAACAGCAGCAACAGCAACAGCAGCAGCAACAACAGCAACAACAGCAACAGCAACAACAGCAGCAACAGCAGCAGCAACAGGCAGCCGCAGCUGCGGCAGCGGCAGCGCAACAGCAGCGCAGCUAUCCUCCCGGCUAUGGCAGCCGACCCUCCUACUACUCGGAGCCGUUCCCGCAGCAGAAUUGCUCGCGCACCGGCAGCCCGCAGCAUAUGACGCCACGAGGAUUUGCACCGCCGCAGUGGACCACGACAGGCGCUGCAGCUGGCGCUGGUUCAGCGGGAGCGGCGAGCAGUGCCGCGGCCACGCCCAGCUCUGCGCAGCAGCAGCAGUUCUAUGAGAAUGGCGGCGGCGUUGGCGUCGUCUAUGCGCAGCCAGCGCCACAGCAAACCAUUCGCUGUGCCGAGAAUGGCAAAUCGUACAUGGAUCUGGGCUGCAGCAGUGCAACGACGACGACGCCAACCACCGCGCUGCCCACCAGCAAUGGAGUCGCCGCUCCGGCUCCGUUUGUGGCCGGUGGCCUGCCACUGCCGCUGCACGGGCUGCCGCUGAAGCGCUGUUGCGACGGACGUGGCGGCUGGUGCAGCGCCAAUCGCAGUUGCUACAAGGACACGCGACUGAAGAUUCGCAAUCUGUCCAUGUUCAAGCUCUCACGCUUUCGCCAGGUGUCGGAGCAGUCACUCUAUCGCUCGGUGCUCAUCUGCAAUACGCUAAAGCGCAUCGAUCGAGAGAUCGAGACGGAGGCCAAGGAGCUGCACCAUGCGGCGCAGCAGCAUCACCAGCAGGCAGCAGCCGCAGCAGCUGCUGCCGCCGCUCAGGCGGCGCAAUAUCAUCCGGCCUAUCAACAGCAGCAGCAGCAACAACAACAGCAGCAGCAACAACAGCAGCAGCAGCAACAACAACAGCAGCAAUCUCCACCAGCACCGCUGCACCAUCAAGACUAUGCGCCUGUGCUGAAUUGCGCUCGGCUGGCCAACAUGGAUCACUAUCAGCAGCUGGCGCAGGCGCCCAGCUUCCAGCCGCAAGCGCCGCUCGGCUAUCACGAGCGGCUGGAGGCGCCGCCGCCGCCGUACAGGGCUGCAGCAGCUGCAGUUACUCCCAGUGGCUUUCCAGUGGCACAGCCCGGGCAUGUGGCAGCCGCCUCGGCGACCAGCAAUUGUGAUACGUCCUGCAGCACAACGCUGCAUCCGUACGAUCACUAUCCCUUCCGGGAAUCGCAGUCAGGCCGUGCCACGCCUUUCCCCACCUGUCAAACGACAGCGACGCCAGUGGCAGUAACCGCAGCUACAGCAGCCGCCCCUGCACCACCCGCUGCCAAUGCGGUGAGCAGUGCCAGCGUCAUCCCUGCCAUCGUCAGCUCGAGCAGCAGUAGCAACAGCAGCAGCAGCACUAGCAGCAGUAGCAGCGUAACCGCCCCAGCUACAGCUGGCCAGGCCGCAGUCUGCUCCAGCGCCUCCUCCACCACCAGCAACAGCAGCAGCAGCAGUGGCAGUGGCAGCAGCCUCAGCAGCUCCGCGUCGAGUGCGGUCAGCGCAUGCGACUCGAGCGACUCGGGCUAUGCGGAUGACGAUUCGACGCGCUCCAUUAACUGGAGCUCGGUGCUCAGCCUCAGCUCGCAGUCGGCGCUGGAUCCGCUCAACAACAACGAUCUGUUCAACAUACUGCCGGCGGCUGCCACACCCACAGCGGUGCCCGUGUGCAUAGCGAGCAGUGGCUCCACCCUCGCAUUCAGUGGCAGCUUCACCACGGUACAGGCGAGCGCCAGCCAGAGCAGCAGUCACUCCUCCGCCUCAGCUUCGUCCACAACGGCUACGUUCACAACUCUGUCGACCAUUUCAUCUGCAACGCAUUCGCUGACGUCGUCCUAUGUGAGCAGCAUCAGCUCGAAUGUGUCGGCAGGUGCGAAUACGUGGGAGUACGGAUUCCUGGACAUGGAGUUCGGUCUUGGAUCGGAGUUCACCGAGCUGGUGCCCAGCUGCAAGCUCAGCUCUGAUGAUCUAUUCAAGAACGGCCUAAGUGCAACCGUCGCCAGCUCAAACGAGCUGGAACAGCCUGCUCACAUUAUGGUCGGCAGUUAGUAUCAGUUGUAGGUGUUCGAUUGCGCCGGAGACGUCGGCUGUGGCAGCCGUUGGGCUUAGCGUGCUGGUCACGCCCAUCCAAAUGGCGCCACAGCCCAAUUCCAAGCAGUAUUCAAUAUGUGUAAUUGUUGUAGCAAAAAAAUGAAACAGAAACACUGUUAAAGUAAUUUCGAAUUAUGCUCAGGUUGUGAACGUGCAUGUUGCCCCGUCCCUCACCCAAUACUUCCCCUAAUUCAACCACCCCCACCCAAUAAAAAGCGGCCCAAUCCCGCUUUACCCAAAAGCCCAGCCAACAAGCAAUCGCCGCCAGGGGGCGCUAGCAAAUAUUGCAAUUGUAUUGAAAAUGA